UAUAAAAUGAAGGAACUUACUGUAACCGGGACGCAUUUAGUAGUUGGAGUCUCCUUAGAGAACUCCCUGGCAGGCAAUAAAGUCAGUCCAAUGCUUUAAUCACUGUUCACACAGAGAGAUAGACUAUCGCUGUCGGUUUCCUCUCACUUCAAGCUGAAAACCUUUCAUCAAGUCGCCGGCUCGAGACAGCAGAGCCAUGGCAGGGGACGGGUCCGACCAGCGGGCGCUGCAGUAUGAACAAACUCUGAUGUAUGGGCGCUACACCCAGGAGCUCGGGGUGUACGCCAAAGAGGAGGCCGCUCGGCUGAGGGAGAGCGGGCAGAGACGAUCGGUCAGCGACCGGAGCCGGACCCUGGACCUGCUGGAGUACGACAAGGGACGCUGUGCCAAGUGUCGCAGGUCAGGGUACCCGUAUGUUCUGGAGGCUCCAGCCCGGGACUUUAUCUCUGUCUGCACUGUUCGCUGUCAGAAGUUCCUGAUCUCGCGGGUCGGGGAGGACUGGAUCUUCCUCAUCCUGCUGGGACUCCUCAUGGCCCUGGUCAGCUGGGUGGUGGACUUCUGCAUCGCCAUCUGUCUACAAGCACAGAAGUGGAUGUACGGUGGUCUGGACAGUAACGUGUUCCUGCAGUACCUGGCCUGGGUCACCUACCCUGUGGUCCUCAUCACCUUCUCUGCAGGCUUCACCCAGAUUCUCGCCCCGCAGGCUGUUGGUUCAGGUAUUCCAGAGAUGAAGACCAUCCUGAGAGGAGUAGUGCUGAAAGAAUACCUCACCUUCAAAACUUUUGUGGCCAAAGUCAUCGGCCUCACCUGUGCUCUGGGCAGCGGCAUGCCCCUGGGCAAGGAGGGUCCGUUCGUACACAUCGCCAGCUUGUGUGCUGCUCUUCUCAGCAAGUUCAUGUCUCUGUUUGGAGGAAUCUAUGAGAACGAGUCGAGAAACAUUGAGAUGCUGGCAGCAGCCUGUGCUGUGGGAGUCGGCUGCUGUUUUGCUGCCCCCAUAGGAGGUGUGUUGUUCAGUAUCGAAGUAACAUCCACGUUCUUUGCGGUGAGGAACUAUUGGAGAGGUUUCUUUGCUGCUACCUUCAGUGCCUUCAUCUUCAGAGUACUGGCUGUGUGGAACAAAGACGAAGAGACCAUCACAGCCCUUUUCAAAACCCGUUUCCGGCUAGACUUUCCCUUUGACCUCCAGGAGCUUCCUGCCUUCGCCGUCAUUGGUAUUGCCAGUGGUUUUGGUGGGGCUUUGUUUGUCUACCUAAACCGACUGAUUGUCCAGUUCAUCAGGAAACAGAAGGCCAUCAACAGAUUCCUCAUGAAAAAACGUCUGCUGUACCCAGCGCUGGUCACUUUACUCGUUUCCACACUUACAUUUCCCCCUGGCUUUGGACAGUUUAUGGCUGGAAAGCUAACCCAGAAGGAGUCUCUGGUGACAUUACUGGACAACCGGACAUGGGCCAAACAAGGCAUCGCUGAGGAGUUUGACUACAUCGGACACUCUCAGGCCUGGAAACACCCGCAGGUCAACGUCUUCGUCACCCUCGUCCUCUUCAUCGUCAUGAAGUUCUGGAUGUCUGCCCUGGCCACCACCAUCCCAGUGCCCUGCGGAGCUUUCAUGCCAGUUUUUGUCAUCGGGGCAGCGUUUGGUCGUCUGGUUGGAGAAAGCAUGGCAGCCUGGUUCCCAGAUGGUAUCCACACAGAUGGCACCAUCUACCCCAUAGUGCCAGGAGGCUACGCUGUCGUGGGUGCGGCGGCCUUGUCGGGAGCGGUCACCCACACAGUUUCCACCGCAGUCAUCGUGUUCGAGCUGACUGGCCAGAUCUCCCACAUCCUGCCGGUGAUGAUAGCGGUGAUCCUGGCCAACGCCGUGGCCCAGUCCCUGCAGCCCUCCCUCUACGACUCCAUCAUCAGGAUCAAGAAGCUGCCCUACCUCCCAGAGCUGGGCUGGGGACACCACGAGAAGUAUAAUAUUCGUGUGGAGGACAUCAUGGUGCGAGACGUACGGUACAUCACACUCAACUGCACCUACAGAGACCUGCAUAACGUCCUGCUGACGGGCCACCUCAAGACUCUGGCCCUGGUGGAAUCAGCUGAGUCCAUGAUCCUGUUGGGCUCAAUCGAGCGUGCCCAGCUCCAGGCGCUGCUCUCCCUGCAGCUGGGACGCCCCAGACGGCUGGAGUACAUCAGGGAAAGGGCCGUCGAGGAGAAGAAACGUCUGUCGGUUGUGUCCAACUUGGGCAGCGAGGACGGAAGCCACCGGGCCAGUCAGGAAGUCCGCUUCCAGAUCUCUACCGAGGAGUCGUCCUUCAGCCCUACUCGUCCAAUCCCCCAGAAGCCCCUCAAACCUGCGCUGAAGAGACCCUCUGUGGUGGAGCGACCCACCGAGAUCCCCACCAGCCCACAUGAUAAUUCAGGCAUUGCUUUAAAGAACCUGUUCUGCGCCAGUCCAGACACAGAAGGCCUGGAGAAAAACAACAACCUGGAGAUCCCCAUGUCUCCUGAGCACAGGAGGCCGUCCAAACGGGUCCGGAUAUCCGUAGUGGAGCCACCUCCCAGCUUAAAGAGUUUCAUUGCGGACGACGUAGAUGUGGAGGAUGACAUGACUAUUAGAGAGAUUGCAGAGUGGGAGGAGAAGCAGCUUGAUGAGCAGGUCAAUUUCAACAACUGCAAGAUCGACCCUGCCCCGUUCCAGCUGGUGGAGCGCACAUCGCUGCACAAGACCCACACCAUCUUCUCCCUGCUGGGCCUCGACCACGCCUACGUCACCAGCAUCGGACGCCUCAUCGGGGUGGUUUCACUCAAAGAGCUUCGCAAGGCCAUCGAGGGCUCUGUGACAGUGAAGGGAGUGAAGGUGCGCCCCCCUCUGGCCAGCUUCCGGGACAGCGGCACCAGCAGCAGCGAGAACGAAGCCACCGAGCUCCACAAGCUGUGGGAUCGCCACAAGAGCAUGUCGCUGCCCCGCGAACACACGCCCUCCGAGUCUGACGAGAAAUCCCAGUGAGGGAAAGUAGAAGAGGAGGAGGAGGAGGAGGAAGAGGGAGAGCAGGUAGAGGAGGAGGAGGCAUUGAGAUCUUUUUAUCUCCCAAAGCCACAAAAAUGCAAAAAUCCUCAGGGUUUAGGAUCAAUAUUUAAUUCUGGAAAGAAUCCUACUGCUAGCCUCUUCGUAACUCCUCGUUUGUCUCCUCGUCUACUCCUCUUUCUCUACACCAUCCACUUUGCUUCAUGGACUCACCAGUGCUCUCCCCAGGAGUCGUGCACUGACCAAGCCAGACACUCCACAGGGGAGAGGAACAUAAAACUCAUGUGCCCUGCUCUCCAUUUAUCCUCGGGAACCCACUGCGGAGCGAAUGUGGAUUAGGGUGGUCGAAUCCAACAAGGGACUGGGUUGAAAUCUUUAAAAAGGGAUUUUUUUUUUUUUUUGCAGACUUUGUUUAGAUUGUAUAUCUUUUAGAUCUGAAAUCAAUAUUUGGACCUGCAGAAGUUAUCUUUUGAACAAGUCUUCCACUUGAGUAGAAAUUCAGCAAUGGCGACAAGGAAGAAUAAUGUGUGCUUGUACUGUAAGUGUGAGUGUAUGACAUGAGAAAAUGAAAGUGUGCAUGAAGAUGGAGGUAGCAAACGACUAUUUCUUAUACGAUUUUUUUUAUUGCCUUUAAAACACAUUUCUGUCUUUGUUUUUCUAGCUUGAAUAAUUUAAUUUCUGACUGAUCAGGUGGUCUGGGAUUAACUGGAAUUUGCCAUUUCUUUAUAAAUCACACUACAGUUUGUCCCACUGACAAGCACUGGACUAAGGGGACGGAUGCCUUAGUUUUCUCUUUUUUUCUUGUUUCCAUUAUACCUCUUUUCCUUAGUCUUCUCAUCUCUUCACUGCAAGUCUUAAUGGUCAGGUUGAGAGUACAGUCUAUGCAAGCAGACAUGCCUGUUGGCAGUGGCGGAAGCACCUGUAGCCGUUUUCAUAACGCACACUCCUUUCAUACUGUAGCUAGAGCCUUACAUUACAAAGACACAUAGAAACACACACAAAUAAAAGGCAGCGGCGAUGCUUUCUGAGAGUUGAGGUUUUCUGCUCAUCUAAAUAUAGCUCUUAAUAACCGUUCCAGAGAAGGUUGGGGCGGAUGGAGAGGGCAGGAAGCGAGGGAGGGGAGGAAGAACAGGGAGCAAAUGGAUGGCUGAAAGAAUGAAGACAUCAUUACCUAACCAGCUGCUCUGGGCCCUCUCAUAAAUCUGCCUUUGAUCGCCAUGUUAGCUAACCUCCAUUACUAUCAGACACACAGAAGCCCCCCCACCAGCUAUAUGAUGUAAUGCUCCAGACACUGCUCUCAACAUAUGCAGCAGCAAAUAAUAUGUGAGUAGAAUCAAGGAGAUUAAUGGGCAAAAAUAUCUUAAGUGAGCUGAAGCAUGAUCCAGUGACAUUAACUGGAGGAAAAACACAAAAUGAAAUCCAAAACUGACAAUAAUGAAGAUUUAAUUUAACAAUUUCAAAUGCACCUUGUCCACCAUUAUGGGCCCUAUUUAAAUGAUCUAUGGUGCGUGGUCUAAAGUGCAUGGCGCAAGUACAUUUACAUUUUUGCUAGUUAGAUGGUAUAAUCUGGACACCAAGUAGGCCACAAUGGGUUUUAAUUUGUCUCUUAAUUAAUCAUGAGCAACACUUUAAUUGCAGAUUCUGCAAAUUGGAGAAAAAGUCGGUUUUCUGCUGCAGAAACUGAUCUACUUGAGCACAAAAGUGAAAGUGUAUAAGUACAACCACAUGCAUAGGGACAGCUGGCAUUAGUCUACCAAUAUUCAGAUAUCAGUGACCCCCUGGUGGGAUAAAUGAAGUUUACAGCAGCAGUCUUGUUCACUGAGGACACAUUAGAGUGAUUUAUAUCUUUUUCCAUUCUUUAAAUAUCAGAAAUACACUACGCCAUUGACUUGAGACCAAGGUUUACACAGCAUGGGUGCAAGGAGCUAAAAUGAAAGUGCAUCGAUGUGAAACUAGCGAUGACUAACUCACAGGUAUAAGAGAGGGCCCUUUAAGUCUGAAUUAUUACUAAAAUAUUGCUCCAGCUCCGAGCCUGACGCAGUUGACCAAUUGAAUCUGGAAGUCGAGCUAUGAAUGAUUAAUGGCAGCAAGGUUUCUGAUUCAGCAAGCAGUCUGACAUGACAGAUAAUGUAUAAGUACUGUGUAUUUAAUAAUUCAUGUCUACCAUAAUGCUUGAGGCUUGUCAGUGCGCUCAUUGCUCAUUGAAAGAAAAACAUUGAUUUGUUUUCCCUUUCCUCCAUCCCUCCAUCUUUUCCACUACUGACCCUACAUAUGUCCUUUAAGACACACUCCUUUUUUUUUUAAAUCAUUUACUUAUUUUUUUAAAAACCAGACAAGGAUGUCCACUACUACCUACAGAGUCUGCUCUACUGUUUGGAUGCCUUAAACACGCACUCAUACUCAUUGUGGUUUUUCAGCAUCUGAUGCAUGGAUUUUAUUUUUAGUGGCGUCUUGUCUUGCUGUGCACCACUGAAAGUAAAAUACGGUAAAACAGCACGGCUUUGCAUGAAAGAGUGCAUGUGAUUUGAUUUAUAUGAUCAAAAUGUACCAAAAACAAAAGCUUAAUGGAAAUGAAUAUGGGACUACUGAAUGAUGUGUCUUAGUGUGUUUGCCAUCUUGUGCCUGUAUGUUAUGUGUCUUUAAACUAUCUUAUUUUAUACUUAUUGAGAUUUCACUUUGAUUGGCAUCUUCCAUCCAGCUUUAUUCAUCACCUGAUCUGGGAAUGGGGUCUCUGCAAAGUUAUGCUUCCAGAUUAAUAUAUUUAACAUCAUUCCUGUAAUAUAAAAUCAUAAUUUAAUGUCUUAAAUUGUUGACUAUUCUCUAUUUAAAAGAGAUUUGGGGGGCUUUUUUAAGGGUAUUCUUUAUUUGUUUUGUUUUUUUUACAUUUGAUGAUUCAAAAGCAAUGAUUUGAUUUAACCCUCUGAACCUUGAGCAUUUUGGGGGCGUUUUCCUCUCCUGUCACCUGUUACUUGCUGUGGCCUUGUUUUUCACUGCAAUAUAAGUCCUGCAGCUUUAUAGAUACAGCACAAUCACUGCUAGAAGUAGAGAGAAAUCAUGUUUUUUUGUGCAGUUUUAACAUAGUUAUGCUGCCAUUUAUUUAAAUAUAUAUAUAUACUUUUUCCCCCCCAAGUGCUAACAAAGAAAAAUGAGGGUACCACAUGCCAUACAAACUAUUAACAUUAUUACAAUCUUGACUUCCAACCUCUCGUGUCCUCUCCUCUCAGCUCUGUGGAAACAGCCUGCAGUUCAGUCCAAGUUUCACUGAAUUCUUGUCUCGUGACUGUUGGUCAUAGCCAAGUCAUUCAUGGUUUCCCGUGAUGCUGAGCAGUGCAGAAUUUAAUGUUUUUUGGUUUUGAUUAAAUAUCACUAUUUUAAACUUAGAUUUGGCAAUUUUUUCUGAUUUGAUCACAAAGGAUUAGUUCAAGGAGCAUCAAAAAUAAGAUGAUUCUAUAAUAAUUUCUGCUUUUACAAUUUCUGGCUACGAUAAAUGAUGUUAUUUUGCCAUUUUUUUGGUGUUGUUUGUCAGAAAACAUGCCUUUCCAAACUGCUGGUGAGACAUGGGGUUCAGAGGGUUAAUGCUGUCCUUUUUGUUUUUUUUAAUCUAUUGACAUGCUGUCUGAAACAUUUCUACUAAGACACUGAUUUGUGCAAAUAACACUAACAGGAGAUGCCUAUCAAUGGCCGCCAGAUAGGGGAAAACACAUAAGUGUGAAGCGGAGGGAAGUUAAUGUAGGAGGGACCAGCAUGUGUCUGUCGGUGACAUGUUCAUUCCACAAGUGCCUGCAUCGACUCGACUCUUUAUCAAGGAAUAAACAAUCCACCAUGAAGUGUUUAGAUCUUCUAGUAAUACGCAUGUAGACGAGGCACUUUUCAUACACAUAGACAAAUAUAUAUACAGUACAGGCCAAAAGUUUGGACACACACCUUCUCAUUCAAUGUGUUUCCUUUAUUUUCAUGACUAUUUACAUUGUAGAUUCCUCAAAGUAGCCAACCUUUGCUUACUAGAAUAUAAGACAUGUUUUCAGUUAUUUCACACUUUUUUGUUAAGUACAUAAUUCCACAUGUGUUCAUUAAUAGUUUUGAUGAAUCUACAAUGUAAAUAGUCAUGAAGAUAAAGGAAACACAUUGAAUGAGAUGGUGUGUCCAAACUUUUGGCCUGUACUGUAUUGGAUGAUGUGUCAGCGGGUUGUGCAAUUUUCAAUAUGGCAACCCGUCGAUGACAUCAUCGUCAGCGCCCCACACACCCCUGGGACUGACAGAUCCACUCGGCUGAUUUGGUUCUGUUCAUUUGUUUGUGCUUUUCAUCGAUUUUCAUUAUCCUGCCUUCUGCCGGAGCCUUCCCCCUCUGCAGACACUUCCGAAUGUUUCAUCUCAUUUGUUCCCAGACAGAUAUAGACCGAGGUAGAUGCAUAUUUAUUAGUCUGUAUUAAUCAAAGUAGAAGUUGUAAAAAAAAAAUUAAAAAAAAGUUUCAUUCUUUGUAUGGGUGAUCUACUUGUUAGGUAAUCAAUUUGUGCAAUAACUGUUGUUCAUCUCACUUUGUAACCCAGUUCUAAUUGAUGACAUGAAUGCAAGAUAACCUUAUUUUUGUAAUGAAACCUGAAAAGUGUAAAAAGACGUAUGUAUAUGAGGAGAAGUGACACUCACACAGUAGCUUGUGAGUGAUAUUUGAAUGACGGUUUAAUGGGGAGGGUUGCUCAAAAGCCUCAAUAAAAGCUCGCAAUGUCACUAGAAUCAGCAUUAACAUAUUUAAGGACACUGUUUGCACCAUUCCAGAAAUGGCUCCUUAUUGUGGCUUUUGGAAACCUUCCCUGUCUGGUCUUAAAAGACUCUGUGGUGAAUCCUGCUGCAUGAACUGUAGCUGGCGCUCUCAUACAAGCCCCGCCUCCUGAAGCGAUGAUGCUGAGUCAGUUUUAUUACCCCUCUCUCUUCUCCUUCAGUCUGAGGGGCUUUGCUAAGACCAGAUCCUCACAUGUUGAGGGUUAUCUUCUAUCCACUCCUUAGGGCUCUUAGGGACUGUACAUUGUACUGGAGGCCUCCACUACGGUAAACUCUGAGGGCCAAACCAGACAGAGCUGAACAAAAUCCAGAGCUAUUUUUCACACGGAAAAAUAAAACAUUGUUUUGUAUAUCAGGGAUGAAUAAAUGA